AAUUCGUUUGGGGAAAAAAAAUGUUAGAUAUUUUUCGUGGCCUGCGAAACCUAAUCAGGUUCAGUCAUCUCAAAAUCGAUUCGCCAGUAUUCCGCUUGCAUUAUUCCAUAACUGUGAUGAUAUUGAUGUCGUUCUCAUUAAUAUUAACAACGCGACAAUAUGUCGGCAAUCCCAUCGAUUGCAUACACACCAAAGACAUACCGGAGGACGUGCUCAACACUUACUGCUGGAUACACUCCACAUACACACUACGUAAUACCUUCACCAAAAAACAAGGUAUAUCGGUACCAUAUCCCGGUUUGGGUAACUCCGAAUAUGGUUAUGAAAAAAAACACAACAAAUACUACCAAUGGGUGUGUUUUUGCUUGUUCUUUCAGGCGAUAUUAUUCUAUACUCCAAGGUGGCUGUGGAAGUCUUGGGAAGGUGGUAAGAUUCAUGCGCUUAUUAUGGACUUAGAUAUAGGAAUAUUCUCAGAAGCAGAGAAAAAACAGAAAAAGAAACUACUUUUGGACUAUUUGUGGGAAAAUCUAAGAUAUCACAAUUGGUGGGCCUACAGGUACUAUGUAUGUGAACUGCUGGCGCUCAUAAAUGUGAUAAGUAAGUUUUACAAUUUGGCUUCAAAAUAA